AUGCUUCGAACUGGUCUUCAUAUAACUCUUCUAGCUGAGUUGUCACUUGAUGACAUUCUUCGAGUUGCAAGUUUAGUCUGGAUAUUAUCCUGUUUUUAUUUUCCACUUGUUGCUGUAAUUCU